UUUCAUUAUAAAACAGGCGCGCCUCCUCCUCCACAUCUACAUAUCCUUUAUUAUUUGCCUUUUCAUUUGCUCUCAAGUUUUCAACUGAAACAACAACAAACAAAACAUGGGUGGUGGCAAGGAUAAGCAUCAGGACGACGAAGCUGACAGAGGGCUUUUUAGUCACCUUGUACCUGGACAUGGGGGUCAACACGGCUACCCACCUCAGCAGGGCUACCCGCCGCAGCAGGGCUACCCUCCACAAGGCUACCCGCCGCAGCAGGGAUACCCUCCACAGGGCUAUCCACCGCAGCAGGGUUACCCGCCACAACAAGGUUACCCACCGGCUGGAUAUCCUCCUGCUGGCCAUCAGGGCUCAUCUGGGCACCACGGCGUAGGGGGAUUGCUGGCUGGUGGUGCAGCUGCUGCUGCAGCUGCUUACGGUGCUCACCAUCUUACUCACGGAUCAUCUCACCACACUCCAGGCAUUCCUGGCGGUUAUGGUGGUGGUUAUGGGGGUCAUGGUGCACACAAUGUUGGCCACGGUUCUCACUUUUCAUCACACGGCGGUGGCAAGCAUGGCAAGUUCAAGCAGGGGAAAUUUGGGAAGCAUAAGGGCAAAUUUGGCAAGCAUGGUGGGGGCAAGUUCAAGAAAUGGAAGUAAUCCCUGUCAAUCUGCACAAACUCAUCUGAAGAAUUGCUGAUCCUACAUAUAUAUUAUGGACUAAAUAUAAAUAAAUCAGCUAUCAAUUACGACAUGUAGUUCGUUGGACCUUGUCAUCAGUUUAUUUGAGCAUCCUUCACUUGUGUAUUUUAAUUAGAAGUUACCAUCUGUUUUUAAUUUCUGACUUAAAGUUCUAUGUUGCCGCUUGAUCCUUGAUCUUGGGGAGGUUUCAAUGUCAACUCACUAUUUUAAUUUCUCCCCCAACUAUCCUCGCCACUGUGAGCAGCUAACCCACAUGGUCAUCAUUGCGUCUGGUUUUGGAGAUGCAAUUGAGUAGGGGUUAACUUGAAACAAAGUGAUACUUGUGUACA